UCCGCAUCCCAGUUUCGCCUAUUCUAUGGUUCUGAGUGAUUCAAUUAAUUAGUUAAUAUCGACUAGUGGAGUUAUCUUAGUAUUUUGCCAGCAAAUAGCAACCGUAAUCGAAGGUCUUGAUGAUGUCGCGAUGAGGCGAUGAGGCCACCCCGACCUGCUCUUCGGUUGCAAUCUGGUGGCGAGGGCAACGGGUGAACAUCGUGUUAACAUUACGUCUGAUGGGAGAGCGCGCAAGCGAAGCUGGAGUAGAGAGCCCAUAGCUAUAGACCUAUUUUAUUCUACCUAAUUAAGAGUAACUACCUAUUCUAUGAAGAAGAUAUUACAAGCCUGAGACUAGUACUAAAGCGAAACGAGAAACGAGAAAUUAAAGCCAUGAGAAAUUUACUACUCCGCAUCCCUCUCCCCUUAUUCUCCCUAAUCGGCGAGUCCCAAGCCCUCCUAUACCACAACCGUUACAUCGACAUCAACCGCAACACCACCACCCCACCCGUCGCCGCCGCCGCCGUACUCUCCCCCAAGUCCAUCGCAAGCACCACCUCAGACUGCGCAGCCGCAUCGACCAACACGACCUUCCUUCUCAGCUUCAUCAGCUACGGGAACUACACCGCGGUGCCCGGGCAGGGCGACGACGACGGGGGCCUGGUGCCGCGGCAGCUGAUGUCGAUGUCGUUUGCUAUCGCCAACUUGGCCAACGGCGCGUCCACGACCUGCGCGUUCCCGCUGGGCCGUCUAUCUUCCGCCGGCGACCCGGCUACCUGGGUCGACGACGCGUCGUGGCAGGCGUGCGCGGACCGCCGCGACUCCGACGGCAAGCACCGGUUUACCAUCGCGACGGGCGCGGCGUUUCAUCGUGCGGAGCGGUUUCUUGCCGUGAAUCAGACGUGGUUUUGCCAUGAUGAUGUGGGACGACUGGUUGCGUAUACGGGUAUUGCGAACGGUAGUUUAACUAUGAGUUGUGCCGACGGCGGCGAAUUGGGCGGCUACCAUGUUGAGAACUGCACGGCGCCUGACGGGGCACUUCCUGUGACGCUACUUUAG